AUGUCAGAAUCAGAAACUCUUUCUGCACCGCCAGUACUUUCAACCCCGGCUGAACCCAUCUUCGAAGACCCGACUCCAACCGUAGUAGAACCCGUCGACCCCCUCCCGCCACGGACCGACGAUGAGCUUCAUACCGUCUACGAGAUUCGCCGCACCGCGCGCGAGAUCAAGCAAGGAGGCUGGAAGCGUAUCGGUCUCCAAUUCCCAGAUCCCAUGCUACGCGAUGCUGGAUGGGUAGUUGAAGCUUUGAGCCGGGCCCUCGCCCAGGAAAUCCCCUCUUCCUCCCCCCAGGGCGCGGAGGGGUCGGGGUCGGCCCCCGAGCGUAUCUACGUCCUAGCAGACACCUCCUACAGCGCAUGCUGCGUCGACGAAAUUGCCGCCGAGCACGCCGAUGCCCAGGUUGUCGUACACUACGGCCGUGCCUGCCUUUCCCCGACCUCGCGCCUCCCCGUCAUUUACGUCUUCACCCAACAGGCCCUCGACCUCGACGCCGCAGCUGCCGCCUUGGAGUCCCAAUUCCCCGACCCCGACGCCGCCAAGGUCGUCCUCAUGGCCGACAUCACGUACCAGGACCACGUCGAGCCUCUGGCCUCGCGCCUGCGCGCCAAGGGCUACCGACACAUCCUACGGACCGCCGUCGUACACAACCCCGCCGGCGUCAUCCCCAACCGAAGGCUAGCCGGCGCCGAAUCCGAGUCCGAGUCCGACGGGUACUCCCUCUUCCACAUCUCCACCCCGCCCUCCGCCCUCCUCCUCGCGCUGCACAGCCGCUUCGCCUCCCUCCACGUCCUCCCGGCCCCUCCACCACCAUCGCCGCCCCCGCCCGGCGCGCCCUCGCCACGCAUCCAAGUCCAAGACCCGACCGCCGCGACCGCCGCCCUGCUGCGCCGGCGCUUCGCCCGCGUCCUGACCCUCGCCAGCGCCGGCGUGGUCGGCAUCCUCGUCAACACCCUCAGCGUCGCCAACUACCUGUCGACCGUCGACCUGCUGCGCCGCCGCAUCGCCGACGCCGGCAAGAAGAGCUACACCGUCGUCGUCGGCAAGCUGAACCCGGCCAAGCUGGCCAACUUUGCCGAGAUCGACGGCUGGGUGGUCGUCGGGUGCUGGGAGAGCGGGCUGGUCGAGGACGACGCCGGGUUCUACCGUCCCGUCGUCACGCCUUUCGAGCUCGAGGUCGCGCUGCGGCCCGAGAGCGAGCGCGUGUGGGGGCCGGAGUGGUGGGGCGGGAUGGAGAAGUUGGAGCAGCAGCUCCAGGAUGCCAACCAGGAGGAGAAUGGGGACGGGGCGAAAGAAGAAAACCAGAGCGAGGGGGGCCAGGGGGAGGAAUUAGGGGCGGAGGAUGGUGAUGGCGUUGACGGGGAAGAGGAAGAGUCGGCGCCGCCCGCGUUUGACUUGCGGACCGGCAAGCUUAUCAGCCAUAGCCGGCCCAUGAGGGUCGUGGUCGACGGCCGUGCGAAAAAGCAAGCGGGCAGUCGAAGCCAAGGAGAUGCAGACGCGUCGUCGUCGUCGUCGUCCGGAAGGGAAUCCAGCGCGUUGGUGAAGACGGCCGCGGCGGGGGAGCUAGCGACCAUCAACGGAGUGGUGAGUCCCGGGGCCGAGUUCCUGCGGUCGAAACGGACGUGGCAAGGUCUCGGCACGGAUUUUGAUCAUGGCGACGAGAGGAGUAGGAGUGCGGUCGUUGAAGAAGGGCGGAGCGGCGUGGCGAGGGGAUACACAGUGGGAGAGGACAGCACGCGAACAUGA